AGGGUGUGGAAUUAAUCAGUGACACUUCAACACCUGUCGGGAUGUAUAUCGAGAAUCAAGAGGGAGAAACGGGCUGACACACAUAAGGAUGCGGAUAUGCGACGGCGGGCUAUCAGUCGCUGUUGAUAUGGCGACCAGGACUCAUCUUACAACGACUUUCUCUACCGUUGUUUUGGUUCUACUGACGUUUGCCUCGAUCCCUGCAACCUCUGAUGAGUUCAAUGCUGCCGAGGGCCAGAUAGUCUGCUACGAGUGCUUCAACAUAGUGGAGGGCGUGUUCCAGCCGCACUGUCCCAAGAACGGCUCCGUGGGUCCGUGGACGUGGAAGAUCAACUGUACCGGAAGCUGCUACACCAGGACAGAUGACCAGAACCCUGACUUGAUAUACAGGGGAUGUACGGACAACCAGCCCUUCCUACCCGACCCCCUGCCUAAAGUAGGGUGUUAUCCCUAUUACCUUGAGGUGUGGUGCAUCUGUGGCCACAGCGGCUGUAAUGGCGGUCCAAUGGGCAAGCCAGGCAAGGUGGAGUUGGACGCACAUUUACCCAAGGAGAUAGACAAAGAUGAGAUCGAUAGUGCAUACAGUGUAAUAGGAGUGGACACGUGGAGGAUCAAAAUGGCUGUGUGUGGCUUGUUGACUGUGUAUAUUGCACUACAAGGGACAAUGUGAUGGCGCCACGUGACUGGGGAUAUACCGAAAAGAACGACUUCCGUGUUGAGAUUGAAACAAAAACACAGAAUACGUGUCGGAGAAAAAUUCGAGACGUGUUUCACAUACAAAAGGCCUUAAUUUAUAAAAUUGAAAUGACUUUGAUGAUGACGCUCGAUAUAAUAAUGUAACUGAAGAUCGCAAUAUCCAGAGACGGAUCCAGGAUGUUUUAAGGGGUGUGUUCACAUCAUGAAUGUGUAUCUUGUGUGUGUGUAGGAGGGUGAGUGGAAAGGCAGGUUGUGGGUGGACAUAUAAAUUUCGUAAUCAAACAAAACGAAGGUUUUUUAUAUUAGUUCCAUUUGGUUCCGAAUGAUAAAAUAGAAAUAGUAAAGGGGUGAGUCGUACUCCAUGACAUCACCUCCGGUAUCUGUCACCGCAAAUCUUAACAUUUUUAUAAACUAUUAGAUAUCGGGUGAAGUAUUGUCUUGUUACAUUUUGAUAAAAUUGAUUAUUAAUAUGUGUAUAUUAUCAUGUAAAUUAUGCUGAUUAAAAAGUAAAAUUGU